GCCGCGUCUAACGUUACUGCGCCACCGUAUAGCUCGGUUGUCCUACGAUCGCGAUACCACGCGCUACAUAAAUUGUGAAAGUGUUGCUUAUAAAACGUGAUUUCUCGAGUGAGAGUAUAUUGCCGCGCCUAAGAACCAAGAAGACGUGACGCCCUCGCAACGUAAUAUCAGUGGAAGGGGAAUUGUCUCGUGUAUUUGAGCUUGGAGAGGGGUUCAAUGGAAGCGAGGUUCGUGACCUGCCGGAGUUUCCAGCAGAUCAAGCCGCCUGAGAAGAGCCUCGCGCCGUCCCCACCGACGGUGAAGGGGCUCCUGUCUCGCUUUGGGAGUCAGGCACAGGCUUUGUUCGCGCCCAAGAAACCCCGCUUUGGAUCAUCAGUCGCCAUACAUAAGCUCCGUGAGACCAAGUGGUUCAAGCAUGACGAACAGAAUAUAUUGUGCGCCGUCUGCGAAACGGGAUUCAUCCUCGAGGUGCGCGCCGAGGACCCACUGCCCCCGGACUCAGUACUGUCGCCAGACUAUCACAUGUAUGCAGUCGCCAUGUGGAAGAAGGGUAAAGAAAAAACAAAGAACCCGGAACAGAUAGAAGUGUACACAGUUCAACAGAAAGGUGUGAGAAAACGUGUCGUGAAGACCACACUCGGUGCCUUUUGGAAGAAGGACUCCGUGAUACGCAUCAACAACGUGGACGAUAAACAGGAGACGCCGAACAACGAGAAAGAUAUCAGAGCAAAGAUAGCGAAAACCUCAAGGGGUCUUUCGUUUAUUGGAAACUGUGGGCACACUCGAACAGUGGAACAGCUACUAAGGAGCUUCUACUGAUUGCAGCUGGAUAUGGCAACUAAAUCAAGGUUCGAGAGGAAUUGGCACAAUACCCUGCACUUCGUCCACUGGUGCAGAUACGGAGAAACUCCGCAGGAGGCUCGCAUGAGACAGGUAAAUUACACACCACUAUACAAUAUACACAGAAGUGUACGAUUCUAGAAACGAAUAAACGCGUUGAUCGAGCUCGCGAUUUCAGUAACAAUACCGUGUAUUCUGUACGCGCUUCAUUACCUUUUCAUAUUCCGUAUACAACACGUAUUUGUUUCUAGAAUAUGUUUUUUUUUUUUUUAUAUUACUGCAUGCGAAUGCAUAGUCGCAAAAAGUAAGGCCGCCUUUACAACGUUCCGAGCACGUUCUAACGGCAGUGUUACUCCACCCCUGUACAUUUCUACCUUCAGUCAAGCAUUGUAAAUGCUUCUUUAUACUUAGCUUAUUGUGAAUGUCUAUGCUGACUGAUUGUUUACUAUGGACUGACUGAGGAACCGAGUCAAUGGCACAUCAAGACUGGCGAUCAUCCAUCAUGCAUGGGGCAUAAACUGGGUCCGGAAAGUAAAAAAGAGAUCGCACAAAGCAGAAAUUUUGUUACAGAUCAGCUUAACGACGUCGAAAACACCUAUGAUUAUCAUCUUUUGAUGGUAAUCGUUGAGGCGCUUUGGACACUUACAGCUGGCAAGAAUAACAAUACCGGUGAGGUUUUGAAUUUUACAGAUUGUAAGAUGUAGGAGUCAGUGUGCCUUCUAUGUUUUCUAACUCUAUGUUCAUGUGCGUCGUCUGUGAUAAAGGAGAUAUUAUUCAAAUGUGUCCUACAAUAGUUUUAUAGUUCUAAACUACUCACUAAUACGGUUUAAAAGUAAUCUUUCAUAUAAGUGAGAGUCAAAUUAAAAAUACAAGUUUCGUAUAAACACGCAAAUAGCGAAUUAGGCAAUCGAUUGGCAAAAAUUGUUCAAUUUAACAUCCAAUCGUGCGUACAAAAUAUGAUGAUUAUCGAUUAUUAAGUAAUUGAAAUCGAUUUGAAUAUUUAAUUGCUCUAUUAUAUAAUACUAAUCUAAUUAUAAAUAAUUUUACGGAUCAAACUCAAAUGACAUUUAUUUUAAUCGAGUACCUACUCAAUCUUUUCUACGAAAAAUUAAAAUAAUCUUUACAAAGUGUAAACUACACGAUAAAAUGUAUAAAACAAAUCGAGUAUGUUUUGCAUAGCGACUGUUUAAAAAGUGAAAGCGAUUCAACAUUAAGUGUCGAUCAAAUCGAUACAUAUAACAAUGUUAUACAUCUUUAUAAACACUGGUAUCAUACAAUUCUUACUAUGGAACGAGCAUUUACAUAAUAUGUUACAUUUUAUUUUCCUUUAUAGUAGUAGAAUACCCGUUAAUAUGUCUCUAAACUUAUAAACCAAUCAGGUAAAUGCGUAUUUAACUAUAUAAACCUCUAUUUAACAAGUCAAGUCUAAAUAAAUCCAGUUUAAAAUGUAAAAACUAUAAACACACUUACAAAUUAAAGAAACUUGUAGCUAUAGACACUUGAGAAAGUGACACAAGUAUAAAUCGAGUGCAUUAAUGUUAUCUACAGGUCCUCAUAAUACAUAUUACAUGUAAUUACUCAUUCAAAACAUAUUACAUAAUGCUAGGAGGUAAUUUAAUGUAAUAAAUUAUAAUUGCAUUGCAGUGUUAUAAUUGAUAGCAUUCUGCAUUCAUUAGAAUUCAGUCUAUCGAUUAAUAGACACGUUCCGUAAUGUAUAAAGGGUGUCCCUUUAAACACAUAUGUACAAUAUACUUUGUAUACAAUUAAAACAUGUAUAAAUAGGUAUUUAUGGCUGUAAAGUACAUAAAUAAUAUAGAUAUACCAAAACGGAGUUUAAUGAGCUGUGUUCAAUGGUUUGUUUAUUUUCAAAUACGUCAAUGAAGCAAACCUUUUGUUGAACACACGUCAAAGUCAAGGAAAACCGCAUAGACGGGACGUAAAAGACAAUUUAGUAUUGUAUUCCGGAAAAUUAGGAGGAAGCUUUUAAAUUGACAAUCAUAUUUUAGGUAUUCUAUGCAUUAAAUACAUAAAAUGUUUAAAAUGACACAGAUAACAUACUUAAUAUCAACUAUAUACCAGUUAUAUUUAACUGCGUCAUUCAUAUAGUUAUGUACGUUUGUGGGUUGAGUUAUGUACCAGUAACGUAAUAUAUAAAGCCGCCCACAAACUUCCGAGGUCGUUGUUAAAACGAUGAAACCUUAUACAAGACAAUAACGACUAUUUUGACACAUUUGACAGUUGUCAUAAUUGACACCAUACGUCAAAAUGUGUACUUAAAAAAAAUAUUGUUUAAAAAUUAAUAUCAAAUUAAACGUUAACUUCUGACACGCGAAAUGAUAAACUUUAAGUAACUACUAUGCGAAGUUUUUAACAUUAAAAAUGAAAUUUAAUGUAAACAUUUUAUCUGUACACGCCCUAAAACAAUUGUUCGAGUAUAAAGCAGUUAUAACCAGUCGUUUCAAUAGAUAAUUACUCAAGACUGCGGACCGUAGGACUAUUUCGCUUUACUUAAAUGGUAUUGAAGUUUUAUUAUCACCGUUAAAAAACAUAAAUAACUCGAUUAUUUAAAGUCAAAGAGACAAUUACAAGAAUACCAUUAUUUUCUUUUUCUAUACUUUCCGAAUCUAUGCACGGAUUGUCAAUAUUUUUCAUUAAUUGUUUGAUCACUUGUCAAAUUAUGCACAGAUGUCGCUUCUCAAUGACUUGUUAAACUAUUGUGUAGAAUCGUUGAAACGCUCAUUCAUGUCUAAUGAAUAUUAAGUGGAACCACACCUUCAAUUAUGUAAUGUUGCAUAGCACGUUAGUUUUACUAGCAGUGUAUUAUAGUAUCAUUUGUAGUCGUUAUGAUAGUCACGACACACGACACGAACCGACCUUUCGCACCUUCGAGUUAAAAUGCAGAUAAAAUUUUAUGAGCCAUUUAACAUGUUGAGAUACGGAUACAAAAAGAAUUUUCCACCAAAACUUUUAAACAAAACGGUUAUAAUUGUGUUCUAACAAAAAAUGUGUAAGUCCGUUUGUGAUAGUCAAGUCCCUAACUCUAUGUUCACAGUUCAUUAAUGCUUUAAAUGUGUUAUACAAGUUUUAGACUAAUCUGCGAUGACGUCUAUACUAAAAUCCCUGUGACUUAGAAAUUUUCUUAAGACUAAUUUCCCAAUGUAUUUGUUGCAGAUAAGCGAGUCGUUCAAGUGGGGUAACGUCGGCAUGAAUAUGGGUGUGAUGCUUGUCAGUCAGAACUACGCUAGGGAGAAGGCUAAGUCCGUCUGAGUGUCAUCCACCAGCGGCACCCACUCCGCUGGUAAAUACUCCUGCUACGCCUGCUUCUGGCCAUCGCCCAAGAAAAUCGACCACGUCUAAUAUGUUCAGGAACUUUUAUCUUAUGUUCCCAGUUUCAACAUGAAACGUCAUGCGUUACUAUCGGUUUACGUUUGAAUUUGGAAUUGCAUUUCUGAUUUAAAUGUAGAAUUUAGAAUCCGAUUUGAAUAGGUUCGCAAUUCGGAUACACAUCCGUGUUGGAAUCGCUUUCACUUCGGAGCUAUUCGUGAUGAGAUCGGAUAUUUUUUUAACGGAUUUAUGUAUUUGAAUGUUCCUUUUCUUAUGAAUUUCAUUAAGUGUACUCUUUUUGUUUCGUUGUCUUUCCUGCCAGUAUUUACUUUGACAACUUAGCUAGUAAUACUGUCUCUCUUUGGAACUUGCUAAAUUCUAGGGGCAUCUUUCACAAAUUUUAAUAAAUUUGGACCAAAUUCAAUACAUUUUAGAUCCUGUUAUACUUUAAAAAGUUUAAAAGUAGAUAGCUUUAUAGAUAGCGAAUGUAGUCUUCGAAAAAAAUCUAGCUAUAAACCGCCUAUACGUAUGUUAAAGAGGAAAUUGUGAAAGUGGCCCUCUGUAGCUUUAAUUCGGACUUAAAAAUAUAUGAAGAAAACAUUCCUGUUGUUAAAACAAAAAGACGCCCCUCGGCUCGUAUGCUAAAUAAUAAUAAAUAACUAUAAUGCUAAUAUUAAAGCUAUUUAAUAUUUAAUCUUUAUCUAUCUGAGAGUGGUAACCCUAGUCUUAUGAGUAUUUGUAUCACUCCUUCUGAUUUAAUAAGACUGUUUUAUUUUUUUCCAAUUUGGAAAACGAUUUUUCGUUCGAAAUCGCUCAAUGUGAAUUGAAUUAGUCAAAAGAAAGUAUUGUUAUGUUGGCCAACCCUGCCGUUGGGUUGGCACUCUUGAAAGUAUUUUUAAUCUGUGUAGUUUAUGCGAGAUAAUAAUGUAAUGUUAAUUGUGACAGAUUGACUGUUGUGAGAGUUGUACUCGUGUAUGUUUAAACGUUCUAUUUAUAAUGAAGCAUUUUUAUGAAUAAAUGAUUACUUUAUAAUA